GGGUAUGGCAAGUUAAACUAGGAUUAGAGAAAGAAAUUAGGUCACCAGCCGGUGCAAUGCAACCGGAGGGAUGAACAUUAGGCCUUCGCUAUUCUUUAUCCCCGCUAGGAAAUACGAAUCUGAAGUUUAGGUAGUAAACAGAAAAGAAAAACACUGCCUUUUGAUCUUUGAGUUACAGCGACGCACUGUCGUACUAUGAAACCGUGGAAUACCUGAUCAUUGCUCUCAAACACCCACCAUCCCAGCACUCUGUUUCCAUUCUCAACGAUGCGCGCCUUGGCUGCUCACUUUAACACUUUGUUGUUCAAAAGAGGGCCUUGGAAUGUGCAGUCUCGAAAUGUCUCAUCAUUUAAUGGAAAAGCUGCAGAUGAAGCCUCUCUUGAACAGGAAGCUGAGAGGAAAAUAGGAUGGUUGUUGAAACUCUUCUUUGCUGGCACUGCUACUUUCGUUGCUUAUCAGUUCUUUCCUUACAUGGGUGAUAAUUUGAUGCAUCAAUCUGUGUCACUUUUGCAUGUUAAGGACCCCUUGUUUAAGAGAAUGGGAGCUUCUAGAUUAGCCCGUUUUGCAAUUGACGAUCAAAGAAGGAUGAAAAUAGUUGAGAUUGGUGGAGCUCAAGAGCUCUUAAAUAUGUUGGGAUCUGCUAGAGAUGAACGGACUCAGAAAGAGGCUCUGAAAGCUCUCAGUGCACUGUCGAAGUCAGAUGAAGCAGUCAAAGCUUUACACAAUGGUGGGGCAAUCUCAGUUAUAAAGUCUACUCCAGACACCUUCGAAGAUGCCGAAAUUGGUGCAUACAAAUCAAACUUACUGAAGAGAUUUCAAGAUUUGAGAUAUGAUAUUUCCUCUUGAAAAGUUUUUAACUCUUUGAAUUUGGAAUUGAAGAGCAGUUAGGCAAAAGAAGCCUUGGCAUUGAAGGGAAACUCUAUUUUUAUAAGAACAAAUGAAAACUUGAGUGUAUCAUUUUGCUGAUUAUAGAAUUCAAAAUUUACACUUCAUGUUUUUGGUUAAUGUGCCCGUCGACUGGAUUGCAUUAUCCCAAGGAAAUAAGGAAAACUUUUGUUUACCUAAGAAA